AAUUUAAAAAUGAAUAAUGACUCCUCUUGUUCAGUUAUAUCGACGUAUUUAUGACUAUUUAUCAUCUAGCUUUGAGGAACUCGAUAAUGCCGAUGGCACAUGUCCUCAUGUGUGUAAUCUCAACAGCGAGCACCAAUUAUGGUACGCCAAGUAAUCAUACGUAUUCAUAUUAUUCACUUUGUUUGGGUCAAAGUGCGAAUGGCAGUCACAAAUAAAAGAAGCCUAUUGGUCUACUAAAGAUAAUAAUCUUCGUUUGAUACCGGGAUAUGCCUAUAAAAUGAAGAAAGACCAUUCUUUGGAGUUAGUAUUUGUCGAACGAGUGAGCGAGUUCCGAGCCAAAAGUCUGGAAUCGUCAUGAUACUUUAAUAAAUAAUACAAGAAUUGUAUAUUAAAAUCCUGAAGAUUCAUUGCAGUAGUGAAGGCAAUUAUAUAGUUUACAUUCGUCUUUAGUGAACGUUCUUUUUUUCCGAUUACGUAUUUUGAACAAAAGACAGUCAGGAAGGAGGGGAUUUCGAUCGUAAAAAUCGUUGCUGAGCUAUUAAAAACGAGCGGUGACGGUUGUAAAACGAGCGUGACACACGAUUCCUUGAAAUCGACCAUCGUAGAACACUGAUAAUAUCGUUAUCGCCACCUCCUGCUCUUAGCUGGCAUAAAUAGAAACGAAGUCCAGUAUCUCAGAAUUAAUCGGUCGAAUCGUUUAACGCGGGAGGGAUCAACAGAGGGUAUUAAACAGACGUUAAUUUGUGACGAUGCCGACAACUACACGAACAGCAUCGGUUACAUCGUGCGAUGGCAUGCACUUCGCCAAUUUCGUCUUGAAACAUUGGCUUUAUUCUAUCGGACCAGCUCGCCGUGUCGAAGUAUUGAAAAAGUUGAGGAUUGGUCUGCAGAGUUUGAGACUAUCACGAAGACAAGUACACUAUGCCUUGGUACAGUUAUUAGCGUCGAGAACGUGCGUGAUCCUUGUGCGGGAACCAUUCCAUAAGAGACAAGGAUCAAAAAUUCCAAAGGAAGAAAUUGAAGAAAUAGAAAUUUUUGAUUCAGAUAGUUCAUUUGUUGAAGAACGUUCUCAGGAGAAAUACGAGGAUGUACCAAAACUGGAUACACCGAAGUUUAUCGGAAAAGGUCAUGAUCAAAGAAUAGAUGGUAUGAAUGUAUAUGAAGUUUUAUCGUCAAAUAGCAAUCGGGACUACAUUUUUCAUAAGUCAGAGAAAUCACCAGCAAUAAUGCAUCCUUUUGAAGAAGCUUUAAUGCAAUUUGAAUCAGUUGUUCCAACGAAAAUGAACAGAAAAUCAUGCAGUAAGCGAAAAAGUUCUGCCACUGUCUCGUUGGAUAUAAAGAAAAGGUCUUGCGAACAUGCGAACCACGUUACCGUUAUAGAAAAUAAGAGUAGCAUAAGUGAAGAAACAGUUCCUAAUGAAGCAUUAGCUAAGGUAGAGAUAAAUACAAUCCAAAUGGCUGAUGAAGUUAAAAAGGGUCGUAUAAAAUUAAAUCUGAACUCUUGUUAUAGCAAUAAAUCUAGCAACUACGUAAAGUCAGAGGCUUAUAAAAAAGUAGAUAGUACAAAAUUGGACGAUGACAAGGAAUUACGUGUUGUAAAUAUUAACGUAAAUUCUGCAGCGAAUAGAAAUAAGUACUCCAAAUACAGAAGGAAUGAAUAUGUAUUGGCUGGUACCGAAGCAACGGCAUUUGAAUAUGAUGCAUUGACAACGUUAGACCGCAAACAAAGAAAACGAAGGUCCGUUAGUCAGAAUACGAACAGGCACCGGAGAAGAAGGAUAUCCAGUAAAUUCCGUACAUAUUUUGGAGAUUGCAUUACUAUAAGCGAAGACGAGCAAGAACGGGAUAUAUUAAAGACGACAUAUAAAAGGAGAAAAAAAUUAGUUUCUAUAAACUCGUGUGAUUCUGGAGUAUCUGUUACUAAUGAAAACGGAAUCGUAGUUGACGUACAAGUUUACAAAGAUAUCCAAAUAGCGAUACCCGAAUCAACGAUGAAUGACACAUCUUCUGAAACAGAAAAUAGUGUAACAAUUGAUGGACCAAAGGAAAACAUCCUAGCGCAUUCAGUAAUGAAUGCAACCAUAGAAAAUACUAAUAUACAUGACGAAUCGGAAGAAGAGAAUAAUAGAGAAACAGUAAUAAAAGUACAUUCGUCAAUGGCUGAAACAUCUGAUGAAAAUACUUUUAAGAAGACUAUUGUGCAUUUUAAUGAAUGCAAUAAAUCAAAUGAGAUUGUGGAAGAUAAAAACAAUGAGAUACAAAAUGAGGCACAAGCAAGAACGCAGAAAUCAAUCGACUUAAUUGACGAGGGCAUAUGUCUAUCAGAUUUUUCAAAACCACCCCAAGUAACCGAGAGAUUAGUAAUCAGUGUUCCUAUAUCAGAAACGGAAGCAGAAGAGAACGGUACUACGUUAUGUUUGGACAUGCCAGAUAUUUCUACCUCAGACGAUGAAUUAGUCAUAAAUGAAGAUGCGUUUGACGUUCACGAAAGUACAGUAGAUACUACAGGUUUAAAUAAACAUGAUCAUGUAGAUAUUAUCGAAAGUUGCGAGGUUCCAUCAGAAAAGGAUCUCCAUAAAAUCAAGGAAGAUGUAAUCAAAAGUCUUACCGAUGAAACAGUCGGCGAAAAUUUGAAUUCAACAAAUACGUCAGAAGUAAAAACAGAACUAAUUGUUGCCGAUGAAAUGACCGGCGAAAACUUAAAAUCAAUAAAUACGCCAGAAGUAAAAACAGAACUAAUUGUUGCCGAUGAAAUGACCAGCGAAAACGUGAAUUCGACAAAUAUGCCAGAAGUAAAAACAGAACUAAUUGUUGCCGAUGAAAUGACCAGCGAAAACGUGAAUUCGACAAAUACGCCAGAAGUAAAAACAGAAGUAAUUGUUGCCGAUGAAGUGACCAGCGAAAAUUUGAAUUCGACAAAUACGCCAGAAGUACAAACAGAAAUACAAGAUAGUGAAGAAGAAGUACCAUUGAUCUCUACUGGCGGAAAUGACGCGGAUACAAAUUUUGUUCCAUCAUCUAUUACAAACCAGGAAAUUGAAUUUAUUUCUGUGAAUAGCGUAGAGUGUACGUCGAAUGAUGAACCAGCAGUGGAAGAAACGACUGAGCUAAACGAUACCUCCGUAGAAAAAACGAGUCAAUUAGACCAAGUUCCUCAACCUAAAUUAAGAAUUCUGUCUAGUGCAGAAUUGGGUUCCAGAUGGUGUCCUACACCUAUGAAUCCCGUUACGACUGUCGUUCAGUUUUCUUCUGCAAUGACGUCACAGGAUCUACCGAUAUAUAUUACUUCUGUCGGAACGUCAGCGACGCAAACCGUACAUGCGACGUCCAUGAUUACUGUACCUGUAUCUGCAACUACCGCAAAAGCGACAUUUUCUAACAAUACGAACACGGAUGUAGUAAAAUUGUCAACAUCGGUGUAUAGUGUUUUGUGCGGGAUAUAUCAUUUAAUCAAAAACAUUCGUACAACACCGACGAAUGAUUUUAAUUACGAUAAAUACUUAUGCACAGAAUUUCAGAAACUAUUGAAAAAACUGAACCUUGAUAAUUACAUUGCAUUAAUAAAAGCAGUUAUACUUGUACUUAAUAGAGAAACGUCAUUAUCGCCACCAUUAUCUUUAACAGAGUUGCUGGGUUACUCAUCUUUACUUAACAAGUUAUAUAUUCGCAAUUCUCGCAAGCUUAGACUAGAUGGAAGGCCUACAGAUCAGGAAAUAUCGCUCCAAGGUGUGCACUACAAUGAACAAAUUGAGAACACAGUUACAUCUGUAGAAUCUAUGUUGCAAUACUUAUGGUCCACACAUAAAAAAUAUAUGAAAUAUACAGCAUAUUCUAAAGGAACACGGCAAAAUCUUCAAGAUAAUGUCAACUUGCAAACUCAGACUAAUUUUCAAAAUAACACUUCAAUGAAUCCUAUAGUUGCCAAUAAUCAGGUAACACCGAACGUUAGUGCAGUGCGAACACAAAAUCCUAUUAUUCAGGAACAAAUACGUUUAAAUAGUCAUGUUGCUCAACCACUGACGAAUUUUCAUGUUAGGCAACAAUUAUCACAUCCUUCGAUGGGUAUGCACGAGCAAAGAAAGUUACAUGCCUCUACCGUACCAGCGUCAAAUCUAAGGUUUCCACAUCAAAAUGUCCUGCCAACCGUUACUCAGAGCAUUCCUCAGAUCAACCUUCAAAACGUUCCUAAAACCGUAUCUCAGAAUAUCCCUAAAACCACUCCUCAGGAUGUUUCUCAAUCCACCCUUCAAAAUGUUUCCCUAACCGCCUUUCAGAGAUUUACUCAAACCGCCUUUCAGAAAUUUACUCAAACCACACUUCAGAAUGUUCCUCAAACCAGCCUUCAGAAUGUUCCUCAAACCGCCCUACAGAAUGUUCCUCAAUCCACCCUUCAGAAUGUUUCUCAAAUCAGCCUACAGAAUGUUCCUCAAUCCACCCUUCAGAAUGUUUCUCAAACCACCCUUCAGAAUGUUUCUCAAAUCAGCCUACAGAAUGUUCCUCAAUCCACCCUUCAGAAUGUUUCUCAAACCACCCUUCAGAAUGUUUCUCAAAUCAGCCUACAGAAUGUUCCUCAAUCCACCCUUCAGAAUGUUUCUCAAACCACCUAUCAAAAUGUUUCUCAAACCAGCCUUCAGAAUGUUUCUCAAAUCACCAAUGUUCCUCAAAAUAUUCCGCAAAGAUAUUCAUUAUAUAACGCUGGAAGGAUACCGAGGUACCCAGUACCACAAAAUAUGCAACCGGCACAUAUUAAUGUACAGAAAGCAUGUGGGUCUACUGUAAAUCAACCGUAUCAAUAUGUAAGGCAACCACCUAUGUACCAUCCAUCAAUGUAUAGGCAAUCACCAUCUGCGUAUAACAUGUCGCAGGGCGCACAUUUACAAAAUUCUCCACAAAAUACGCAAAAUUACAUUCCGAAACCUGUACGAGAUCUGAACACAGGCAAUGCAAAUGCAUCGCAAUUGGCGCCAAGCACUAUGUCACAAAGUGAGCAAGUACUUGCGAAUGCUGUUACAACGCGAACUACACAAAAUUAUACAAUUAAUAAAUAUGUAUCGGCUCAACAUGCACAGAAUGUCCGUCAAUCGAGAAUGACAAAUCCGACAGCUCUUACAACACAGACACAAAAUCCGCAAAUGUCAUUAGAAUCAAUGACAAACAUGUUUGGUAUAUUAAAAUAUUUGACUGAUAUUCAGAAGCUUGUGCUGAUAGAGCAGAUAGAGUAUUACUUCAGGUGUACCAGUUGGUUGCAACAAGAGUUUACACCGCAACAGUGGCAUCUUAUUAACAUGCAAAGAAACUUAUUACUUCAAUUUCAAAGGCUUUUGAAAUGCUUGGUGGAGAAAUCUGUGAAACAACUUUUGCCGGAAAAAUGUGAAGAGAAUGCUAUUGAAACGAAUGUAGUUACGAACAUCUUGAUCGAAGUUCCAAAAAUACUAAAAAUUACAGUAAAAGAAAAUGACGGGAUGCAAUGCCAAGUUGAAGUACCUCAGACCAAACAAGAAGCAACGAAUAACAAUCAACACAACUUAGACAUUGCUGUAACGCAGAGUCAGCUUGAAGAACGAAACGAAGUAGUUGACAUGUCGCAGAAUAAAGGUGUAUCAAAUGAAACAGAAGUACGGAAUAGUAAAAUAUUUGAUAAGAACGUUUUGGAGGAAAACAUUCCGUCUCAGUCAAAUAUCCAAGACCCAACAUUGAACAGUAAUCAUCAAAGACAUGAAGCAGAAAGGGAAUCGACGAAUUUCGAGAACACCGAAGUACAGAAUUUAGAGAGAAGCAGUAAAAAUAAUCUUCAGCAGUCAAGUCCACAUUUAGUUACCGUAGAAGUUGGUCCUGAUAAAGUAACUGUUAUUGACACUAAUAAUAUUGAUAUAGAUAAACCAGGAACUGAAAAGGAUAAGGAAAUUGAAAAUGAUGUUCAAGUUGCCCGUACGUUAGAAUCUCCAAAUGAAAGACUUCGAAAAGAUGAGGAAAUUAAGAAUGAAGAUAUUCAAGUUGCCAGUACGUUAGUAUCUCCAAAUAAAAGACUUCGAAAGGAUGAGGAAAUUAACAAUGAAGAUGUUCAAGUUGUCAAUACGUUAGAAUUUCAAAAUAAAAGACUUCGAAAGGAUGAGGAAAUUAGAAAGGAAGAGGUUCAAAUUACGAAUGUGCUAGAAUCUCCGAAUAAAAACCUUAAAAGGGAGGAUCAAGAUAUUGAAAAUGUUGCUAGUACGUCAGAAUCUGCAAAUGAUGAGGUAAUAUAUUUAAAAGAAUGCUCAAGUGAUUUUGAAUACAUUAAUACCGUAGUUGUCGAUGACGAUGAUGUUUCAUCAGAAGAAAGUGCGGGGUGUAAAAUUACGGAUAUCAGAAGCAUAUCAGAAGAAAUAUUUAAUGUUAAUGUAGACGAAGAGAUUAAGGAAUGUUUGCGUUGUAGAAAACCUAGUACCGUUUUGUGCGGUAACUGCUUAGUCGCUAGAUAUUGUUCUGAAAAAUGUUCAACCCGACAUUGGAAAUAUCAUUUUAAAGACUGUAAUUCUGUAGAUAGGAACUAUUCAUAUUAAGUUGCGUUUCACAGUAAAAUAUGAUCUCGACUCUGUUACAUUAGGCAGUAUUCAUUGUUCUCGUUUUGUAUUCAAGUAUAAAUAUAUUAAUAAGGAUGUUUAUUAUAUUAUUUUAUAAAU